CUGCCUCUCUGCAGGAUGCUCUUCUUGCUCGGCCUGACUCUUUUCCUCUCUGUAUGUUUCUCCUUGGACUUAAACCAGACCUCCCAGUUGCUGGUGGACGGAGGAGAAUCGUGUUUGGCCUGCGACUUCCGGGAACACAGCAAGCAGCUCAGGCUGCUCGGUAUUAAAUCGCAGAUCCUGAGUAUCCUGCGGCUGGACCAGGCACCCAACAUCAGCCGUGACAUGAUCCGCCAGAUGCUGCCGAAAGCCCCACCAUUGACGCAGCUGCUGGACCAGUAUGACCCACGAGUGGAGGAAGAAGAUCACGCCACCACUGAGACAAUCAUCACCAUGGCAACCAAACCGGACACUGAAGUCCAGGAUCACUUCUCGUCCUUAUGUCAGUUCAACCUUAAUCCAAAGAUCCAGCCUAAAAACAUCCUGAGUGCACAACUGUGGGUCCAUUUGCGCCCGGCCAAUAUGGUCACGACGGUCUUCUUACAAAUAUCACGGCUCAAACAAGGAAUUGAGGGCAACAUCACAAGGGUCCGGGUUCGAUCCCUGAAGAUCCACGCGGAUGCCGGAGCAAGCUCGUGGCACAGCAUCGACAUCAAGUCUCUGCUCCAGGCAUGGCUACGUCACCCAGAGAGCAACUAUGGGAUUGAGAUCAACGCCUACAACCCUGAUGGAGACAACCUUGCCAUCACCAACUCUGCACCAGGAGAGGAGGGUUUACAACCAUUCAUUGAAGUCAAGAUCCUGGACAGCAGCAGGAGAUUCCGACGCGACUCUGGCCUAAACUGUGACGAGGAGUCAGCUGAAACUCGUUGUUGUCGCUACCCACUCACCGUCGACUUCGAGGAGUUUGGCUGGGACUGGAUUAUCGCUCCAAAGCGCUACAGAGCAAACUACUGCUCCGGCGACUGCGAGUUCCUUCACCUGCAGCAGUAUCCGCAUGCUCACCUAGUCAACAAGGCCAAUCCUCGUGGCACUGUGGGGCCCUGCUGCACACCCACAAAGAUGUCGCCCAUCAAUAUGCUCUACUUCAAUCGCAAGGAGCAGAUCAUCUAUGGGAAGAUCCCGUCUAUGGUGGUAGACCACUGUGGCUGCUCCUGAGAACUCACUCUGGCAACCUUGGUCCAUGUGCACUAACCCAAUAGUUUCCUUCCCUAUUCUCUAGUAAAGGUCAAAUCUAUAUAUAUAUAUAUAUAUAUAAAAUCUACUACUCCUUUCACUACAAUAGUAGAAGUGCCAAUCCAGCACGUAUUUGUAGUACCGUAUGAGAACUUAAAAUAUUGGAGCAAUAUUUUUGUUACUCCCAGCAGCAGCUAGAAUCCAUGAGAUGAAGAAAGUGCUGAAGCAGAGUGU